AUGGCAGCUUUUCUGAUCACUGCAGUGUCAUUUGCAUCAGCCGUUACGGCUACAUGGCAUACCAAUCUCAAUUACGCAUCCCCAUCGCGGCGACACAUUUCUCUGGGAAUCGAUGUCCCUACGGUUGCGAAACGAGGUUUGGAGACACGAGCUUGGGAUCCUACGCAGUUGAACUUCACACACGGAGUUGCAUCCGGCGAUCCUUACCCUACCUCCGUCAUCUUAUGGACGCGCAUUUCGCCAGAAGGAGAGAAUGACGCGUCAAACGUGACCGUUGAGGGAAAUGUGCCACUGUAUAACCAUGAUACGGAAACGUAUAUCAAGGCUUCUCCCAAUCCGAUCUGCGUUGAGUAUCAGGUUGGAAGUGAUAGGAACUUUUCGAGGGUUGUGGAUAAGGGAACCGCGUAUACGACUUCGGAUAUUGAUUACACGGUAAAGGUUGAAGCGAAGAAUCUGCAGCCUUUCACGCAAUACUAUUAUCAAUUCACUGUUUGCGGGUCGAGCAACAAGAGCCCGCUUGGACGCACGAAGACGAGCCCAGACGCAGAAGAUGAUGUCUCGAAGCUUGGGCUGGCAGUGUAUUCCUGUAGCAACUAUCCGAAUGGGUAUUUCAACGCUUAUGGAAAUGCUGCGCGGAAGGAUAAGAUCGACUAUGUGAUUCAUCUCGGUGACUACAUCUACGAGACUGGGAAAGGCACGCUCGGGAAAGACCCGCGCGCCACGAAUCCUAGCGACGAGAUCUUCACCCUCUACGAUUAUCGGACUAGAAUCGCUCAAUAUCGGACGGAUCUGGAUCUACUUCUCUCUCAUCGCCAGUAUCCUUGGAUCCCAGUCUGGGAUGAUCACGAGGUAUCUAAUAACGGCUAUCGGGAUGGCUCUAGUAACCUCAACAACACGGAGGACUCUUUCCUGAAGGAUGGCGGUGUCAGCGUCGAUCAACGCAAGAUGAAUGCUGUUCGCGCGUACUUCGAAUGGAUGCCCAUUCGCCAAGUCGACAUGGACGACAAUCUCCGCAUCUGGCGUUCCUUCCAGCUGGGCAAGCUUCUCGAUCUGAUUAUGCUCGACACGCGAAACUACGACCGCUCCAUCACGACGCUGGGCUGGAACAACGAGUACGUCGCGGAGCUCAAGGAUGACGCAGGUAGAUCUCUCAUGGGAAGCCACCAAGAGAACUGGUUUUACGGUCAGCUGUCGAAAUCCGCUAGCAGGGGGGCUACGUGGAGGCUUGUGGGAAAUCAGAUCAUCUUCUCCCGUAUCAACAACACAGCGAGGAGCAGUAACUGGUUGAACGCAGAUCAGUGGGAUGGCUACACCGCGAAUCGCAACCGCACUCUGCACCACCUCUACUCCAACAGUAUCUCAAACACCGUCUUUCUCGCUGGUGACUCGCAUGCAAACUGGGUCUCGGAUCUUGUCUGGCUCGAUCAGAUGCCAUACGACCAAUCCACCGGUGCUGGUUCCGUUGGCGUAGAAUUCGCGGGAACGGCAGUCUCAUCCACGGGCUUCGGUGGAACCAUCGGGAGCGCAAACAAGAAGUCCGCCGGCUUAGUCCAAGACAACAGGGAGCUUCAGUGGAGCGAGGGGUACUAUCGAGGGUACUACGAGCUGCACAUUACUCCCUCUGAGAUCACGGCGAACUACUACGGCUGCCCCACGGUAUCUUUCCGUAACCCUCUCGAGAUAAGUCUGGCGAACUUCACCGUCAAGGCUGGAGACAAUCAUCUGCAGAGGAGCGUCGCGAAUGGAACGGUUGAGACUGGGGCCUUGCAGAGGGGCAGCGUGAAGCAGACGAAUGUGACGCUGAAUACGGAGACGGGCAUGUGGAAUGUUACAGCUUUUGAUCAGGUGUUUAUACAGUAUUGA